GUUGCUAUUUACAAAGUGAUACAUGGUAGUUAUAAUAACAUGUAGAUUUUGAAACCUCUUUUUGAUCGGUAAAUCUUAUUUACAAAUUCUAGCUGAUUGAGGGAUUUCUGACAUUUUAGGAUUAAAUGUAAUAUUGGCUGUGCACUAAGAUAUCAUAAGGUAAAUUCAUGGAAAAUGAAUAUGACAAUUAUCUUCCUGGUUGAUUGAAAGAGAAAGUGCAAAUAAUGUCAUUUGACAUGGCUGCAAGGGACUUGCUCGUCGGGGCAAUAGAUUUUGGUACAACUUAUUCUGGCUGGGCUUUCUCAUUCCUGCAUGAUUUUCAAACGGAUCCUAUUAAAGCGUCUGUCAAGCAAUGGCACUCAGGAUCUGGAACUCUAGUAACAGAAAAAGCACCCACAUGCUUGUUGAUAAAGUCAGAUGGAAAGACUCUUGAAGCUUUUGGAUAUGAUGCUGAAAACCAAUACAGGGAACUUGCAGACAAUGAAAUGCACGAAGAGUAUUAUUACUUCAGAAGAUUUAAAAUGGCACUUAAUAAAAAGCUUGGUGAGAAACUGGACCGUGGCAUGACAAUAGAAGAUGAGAUGGGAAAGUCGAUGGUUGCCUUAAACGUUUUUGCCAUGGCAAUCGAAUAUCUAGUAGGGGAUAUGAUGAAGAGUGUAAAAGAUAAACUAACAUCCGCUGUUGAGAAAGAUGAAGUCCACUGGGUACUAACUGUCCCAGCAAUAUGGACAGAUGCUGCCAAGCAAUUUAUGAGAGAGGCCGCGGUGCAGGCUGGACUUGCAACAAACAAAUUGACGAUUGCACUUGAACCAGAAGCAGCAUCGAUAUUCUGCCGCCACUUGUCGGUUCACACAACCAUUUCUGGUGGAAACACUUCAAUAGCGAAGAUGCCUGUUGGUACUAGAUACAUGGUUCUCGAUGCAGGAGGUGGAACAAUAGACAUAACGGUACACGAGGUUGUCAGUGAGAACAGCGUUAAAGAGAUCGAAUCAGCAAGUGGUGGUGGGUGGGGAGGUAUCCUUGUUGACAAAGCUUUCGAAAACCUGCUUAUUGAUCUGGCUGGGCCAGAGGUUUAUAAUACCUUUAAACGAACGGAAACGGAAGACUGGCUUGACAUUUGGCGUGAUUUUGAAGUAAAAAAACGAUUAGUUGCACCCAAUAAAACUGCUCGUAUUAAUAUGAAAUUCCCACUAUCGUUCGGACGCACCUAUGAAAGAUGCACUAAAGGGAAACUGCUUGAUGCUAUUGAAGCUUCAAAAUACGCCGAUGACAUUCAGUUUGGUGAAGACAAAAUCAGAUUUUCUGCCAGUCUGUUCAAGAGUCUUUUCGAAUGUUCCAUUAACAAAGUCAUUAGCCAUGUGUCAACUUUACUUCGAGAUGAAAACGUAAGCAAGAUAAAAACAAUAUUGAUGGUAGGCGGUUAUUCAGAGUCUACCUUGCUUCAACACUCAAUAAGGAGCGAGUUCUCCGACAUAAAUGUUGUGAUACCAAUUGGUGCAUCAUCUACCAUUCUUAGAGGAGCUUUAGUGUAUGGACAUAGUCCGGUAUCCAUACGGGAAAGAGUGUUGAAGUACACAUAUGGUGUUGAAACAACUGACCCAUUCAUAGAAGGGACUGACCCCGAACAUUUAAAGGUAAAAACAGCAACUGGUGUACGAUGUAGAGUUUUCAGCAAACAUGUUGAAAAAGGACAAGUCGUCAAAUGUAAUGAACCGCAAGUUGAAAAGCCUUAUGUAACACAACACAAAUUCCAAAGUAACGUAGCUUUUGACAUUUUUGCCACAGAACAAUGUAACCCAAAAUAUACGACUGAAUGUUCGCUUAUUGGAAACUUGAAAUUUCAUCUUCCGGACCCAGAGGAGCAGCCUGGAAGAGAAAUCAUCGUGUCAAUGACGUUAAGUGGUACUGAGAUUAUCGUAAAAGCAGUGGAUAAGAAAACAGGCAAGGACACGAGCGUUUUUAUCAACUUCCUUGGAUAAAUUCAAUGCGGAUCUGCAUGUUGUAAUGAGAUGUACCGUGUGUAAUACUUUAAGAGAAUUAAUUCUUUUUUCUGCUUAAUGUGACAAAAAAAAUUACAAAGAAGUAAGCGAAUAUCAAUUUUAGAAAUAAGGAAAAUUUGUUGGUAAUUU